AUGCACAAGACUACCGUAGACCUGACAACUAGCACGUCCACUUCAUUAAGUGAUAAAAAUGAGUUCCAUGCAGAUGUCCAUUUCAGAUGGGAUAGUAUUAGGAAGUUCAUAUAUGUUGGAUAUGCGUAUAGCUCCUCCAUAUUUUCAUUUGAUAUAUUUUCCAAAGUGGUCAUAGAAAACAUGACGCUUGUUGAGUUUAUUAUUUGUGCGCUAACAAUGGGCAUGGCGUAUAUGUUUAUGGACUUUUUCAUAAAACAGUACACAAGAAAAUUAGACACGAAUGAGAAUAUAAAUCCAUUAUUAAGAGGUGUGUCAUUUGGUAUUUUAUUGCAAACAACAUUGUGGGCGAUAAUCAACGCUACAAAUCUGGCUGAUUCGCUGCGAUUUUUGGCUAUUACCUUUCUUGUGGAACCUGGCUGGAUGAAUUGUCAGACAGCGAAACACGCCUUAUGUAUACCGUCAGAAGACGUCGUUCUACGAUGCAAGGCCAAAAAUAUAACAAAUAUAUUAUCUACAUCUGUACAUUUUCAUUAUGAAAAACUCUUUAUAAACUUUGAUAGAAGCAACCUAUCGACAAAGUUCUUUAUUAUUGCGAUCGUUUGGCUGUUCAAUUUUUUUAUCUCAACAAUCGCUGAUAGAGCUCUUUUAAAGCUAUUUAAAAUUACAUUUCUUUGGAGGACGCUAUCAACGCUGUUUAUUGUGAUUGUGCUAUUAUUUACUUCAUACACCAAGACGGCGUUCUAUCAGAUAUUGGAUUUGACAGAUCCGAGGAAGAAAUACCCGUCAUCGUUGAGUCGAGCGAACGAAAUAUUCGGGGUAGGUUUAAUUGGAGUUUACGAUUUUGGUACGAUGUCCCCAUUUACCAUGAUCGAUACGACAGUUGUUAUUUUCACUGUUGUCACUACAGCGAUUGCGUUCGCUAGAUCGCUUAUAGUAAGAUCGCUUUAUGCAGCGCUUUCUAGCUGUAUUGAAAUCAAGAUAGCUGUUACGCCCCAUUAUUUGCUCUUCGUUAUGAUACCGCUGAGCGUCGAAUUUAUGGAUCUACAUAAGCUAUACAUGUUCUACGUGUAUUUGAACUUGACAGUGUCUCUUGUGCCGGGGCUGGCUAUGCUAACUUUAACCAUAUCGAAAUUACUUCACAACGAAUUCCGAUCCGUUAAAUACAUUUACAUUAUUGGAAUAUCGUGCUUUUUGGGGUUUACUCUAUCCUUGCCUUUGACCGUGUUGCCAAUAAACAAACUAAAUGGGCUGAUGAUUGGCCAUAAGUUAAGUUCAUUGUACUUAGGCGGUUUCAAAGCUAUGAUCGUCAUGUGGAUGUAUGGAGUGAAGAAAUUUUCUGCAGAUAUACAAUUUUGGCUAGGCUUCAAGCCAACUGUGUACUGGAGAACUGUUUGGAUGCUUUUACCUGUAACAUUUUGCGUACUGAUUGUAAAUAAAAUUAACGAGUUAAGCAAAUUAAAUGAUUUACAGCAACAAAUUUUAGCAAUUGUUUGGGUGGUAUUUUCAUUUUUAAUUGUUGCUGUAUUUCAAAUUAAAACGAUUGCAAGAUAUAUUUUACAAAGCAAUUUAUCGGGUAUAUUGCGUAGCAGUACAAAAUACGGCCCAAUAGAUCCCGAUGACCGGAAGCGAAGGAAAUGUUUUGACGAGACAACUACGAGCCGCCAAUGCAGCCAUAACUGUAUAAUGUUAUCUGAAAAAUUUGAAUGUAAUCAUUUACCGUUGAUAUUCAAGCGUCAAUCAAAAACAAGUAAUGAUUCGUCUCUCAGGCAUAUAUUCGACGCCAGCGCAUCUAGAAAGAGGGUCUCAAGUGUGGUUGAUAUUUCGUAUAAUAACUAUAAUUAA